AGCACGUGGGUCUGAAUGAACUGUUUACCCCGAACCUCCCUUCCUGCAGCCACAGACAGCUGCUGUGACAUCACGGUGCUGCUCUCUGAUUGGCUGUGGGCAGGAGCUUUAUCAGGAGAAGGAGGACGUCCAGAGGAGGCGCUGAGAGUUGAAGGAGGCUGCAGGACCGAACAGACAGCUGCACAUACUGCUGUUUCCUGUAUAUCUGAAGCCAUGGGGAACGACCACUCCAUCCACAACAGGACGCCCUACACCUGGUACUACCGCAACGUGACGUGCGAUGACAGUGACAACACACUUCCAGGCCACAGCUCCCGCAGGUGCACAGCUGCAAUGGUAUAUUCUGAUGAUUUGAGACUGAAGUAUGGAAACCACAGCGACUGGGACCUCAGAUGUAGAAUACACGUAUUUAAUUGUUCAUACGACCUGAGAGAGAGCAACAACCACCAAAGGUUUGAGCUGGUCGACAACGCAUCCGGCAACAUCGUCGACAGCUGCCCCAAUUUUGCUCGUCUGGAAGAGGAGCAGCGAGAGAAGGAGCGACGGCAAAAGGAGGAGGAAGAGAGAAAGAAACGUCAGGAGGAGGAGAGGAGAAGGAGAGAAGAGGAGGACAGGAGGAGAGAAGAGGAGGAAAGGAGGAGAAGAGAGGAGGAGAGGAGGAGAGAAGAGGAGGAAAUGAGGAGGUGGAGAGAGAAGGAGGAAAGAAGGAGGAGGAGAGAGGAGGAAGAGAGGAGGCGGCAGGCCCAGCUGGAGCGAGAGAGGAGGAUCCAGCAGCAGAUCGAUGAGGAGAACCAGGCCUCUCACCAGAACCUGACCCAGGCUUACCUGGACCUUCAGGAAGAGCGGAACCUCACAACUCGGAGGUUCCACCGAGAGCAGACGAUCGUCCUGCACCAGCUGGUGGAAGAUCACACCGCUGAGGUCCACCGGGACGAGUCUGCUGAUGUUGCUGAGAAAUUUGAAGAGCUUUUGGAUAAGUACCAAAUCAUGGAGGCUGAAAACGAAGAAAGUGACCUGGAAGACAGGAUGAAGACACUCCAAAAUGAGCUCACGCAGAAAUAUUUCCAAGAGCACCAGAUCCCUGUUUGGUCACUGCUCGCUUUGGACCAGGCAACCGGAUAUAUAGAUCUGUCUCUGACGGAGAGGCUCAGCGUCCUGGAGGCAGUGGUGAAGGUAACCGUGGAAGGCAGUGAUGAUUUCGAAGACGUCCAAGACAAGAAACUUGAAUUCCUCCUCAGCUUGCAAGAACAGCUACAUGUUCAGAAUCCAACACUGGCCCAACAGGUUCUGGUAAAUGUCCUGAACGUGACUCCACAGCUGACCGCAGACGCAAAGGAGAUUCUCAGUCACAUCCUCUUCAACAAGAUCUGGACACCAAAGGAAAUCAAGCUUUUCAUUGGGAGGGCCCUGAGCUAUAAUCAGGACACAGUGACGGAGAUCCUUCGUAGAGUUUGCACCUACAGCCUAAAUUGCAUCAUGGCACUCACUGCUCUGAAUGAGAGACGCCCGCAGGACUACAUCCAGGACUGCGUGUCCGAUGAGCUGGACAAAGACGUGGAUACUGUCCUGAAUGAAAUGCAGGACAAAAACUACCCAGAUGAUCUCCUGUGGCUGCUGGGAGAUGUGUUGAGGUAUAUUGAAAAAGAAUUGCCACUACACCAGCGUGUGGACAUUAAUACGGCGAUGAUUCGUGAAUGUAAAAGGAAGAUUAUGUCACUUGAUUUGUUGGCACCUGAUGUUGAUGUUCUGAAGAGAGUGCUGGUUGUGUUGUCCAUCGCUGUGAAAAGGUGCACCACGAUAACUCAUUGGAAGGGCGGAAGAGUUGAAGGCUACUUCCCAAGACACUCUCAGCUGGCAGCGUUACUGCUGCUGCUGCUGUCACAGCUUAAAGAAAAACGAGGUUGUCUUUUGGAAAUUGGCACUGGGGAGGGCAAGACGUGCAUCUUAGCCAUGUUUGCAACCAUCCAGGCCACCAGAGGUGCAAAGGUGGACAUCGUGACGAGCUCCCCUCUGCUUGCGAUUCGUGAUCGAGAAGAAUGGAGUAAAUUAUUCGAUAUAUUUGGUGUGACAUCAUCCGUCGUGCCUCCACCAAAUAUAUAUAACUGCUCUGCUGAGCAUCAGGAGGAGCUGAUUAAGGAUGCGUACAGCAAGCAGGUGGUUUAUGGAACUGUCGGAACAUUCGCAGCAGAUGCACUAAGGCAGGAGUUUGAGAAGAAAACUACUCGAGGCUCCAGGAAGUUUGGCUGUGUGAUUGUGGACGAGGUGGACUACAUGACGCUGGACAGUGGAGUCCAAGUGACAUUUUUGUCGCACCAAGCUAGCGGCUUGAGACAUGUUGAGCAGGUCCUGGCCAGUAUCUGGGCCCUGAUGUCCGCCUGCCGGCCAAUAGAGCUGCUUGAGACAGGGGAGAUCUGGUGGGGAACCAGGAUUCAGCUCUUUCACAAGAUCGCACUGCAGGCUAUGAUUGGCUCUGAGUCUGGGAACUUUUCAGCCAAUGACAUCCUGGUGAUGGGCGUCAAGAAAGGGCUUUACUCUCAACAGGACCUGGAUACAUUCAACAAAGCAGAGAGUCAGACAGACACUGACGGCUGUGAGGAGACCAAGCUUGAAGCCAUUGAGAAAAUCAUGGCCAAUAUUGGACCUAAAGAGCAGUACGAGCUGCUGAGCAAAGUCAGGAUGAUGACAGGAAACAGUGUGAAUGUAGAUUAUUACAUACUGGAGAACAACCUGGCCAGACUAUACGGGGAGGAGUCUCAUGAAGACUCAAACGUCAGCAUUCUCCUGCUGCAGAAAGGCCAAGCCUGUGAAAUCAUGUCUGAGGAUUCGUUAAUCGAAGUGACAGUUGACAAACUAAAGUCCAGAAUUAAAUACUCCCAUGACUGUGACCUGGACUCCUUGGAGGAAUCUAAAGGUUUCAUUGUGAUCCCGUCUUUCUUGAAGAAAUACAUCGAGAAUCAUUUGCCAGUUUUUGCUGAGAACGCCUUGAAAGCCAUCCGGAUGACACGAGGAAGAGAGUACAUGAUCGACAAAGCUCCUGAAGCUGACAGAGUGGACUCCAAUGAUGCAGAGAGUCACAAGUAUGAUGCUAUAAUUCCUGUGGACUUUCAGGCCAGUGGAGUUCUGGAGAAAAACCGGCGCUGGGGUGAUGGCCUGCAACAGUUCCUGGAGAUGAAGCACCAGCUAGCAAUUUCAUCACUGUCCAAUGUGACAAAUUACAUGUCAAAUGUCCAUUUCUUCAAGAGGUACCUGAGAGGGAAAGGUAUCUUUGGCGUCUCUGGGACAUUAGGGGGCAAAGCUGAGAAAGCGUUUCUGGAACGGCAUUACAAAACAGUAUGCUAUGUGAUUCCUUCUCACCGCCAGAAAAAGCUGGUGGAGUUGCCAGCAGCGCAGGUGAGUGGAGAAAGGUGGAUCCAGGUGAUCUGUGAAUCUGCAUGGAGAGCUGCCGACAGGGGGCAGGUGGUGCUGAUCAUCUGUGAGGAUGUCAAGACCGCAGAUGAGCUGAAGGCAACAAUGCACGACAAACGAAGCAAUGACAUCACCAUGUACACUAUCAGCGAGAAGCACAAUAUUGAGAAACAGAACUUCGGCCCCGGAAACAUCAUCAUUGCCACAAACCUUGGCGGCCGUGGCACGGACAUCCACGUCCAACAACAGGUGAAUGAGUGCGGAGGCCUCUUUGUUCUCCUCACGUACUUCCCUGGAAGUCAGCGCGUGGAGAGGCAGGUGUUCGGACGCACCGCCCGUAAAGGAAACCCGGGGAUGGUGCAGAUGAUCCUGAACCGCGACCGUCUGGCAGUGGCGUAUCAGGCCCAAUCGACUGAAACCAUGAGGCUGCUUAGGGAAGAGCAUGAAGUGAGCCGGUUAGCCAGCAUGGAAAGAGAUGAGCUGUUUGAAAUUGAUUUGAAGGAAACUUUAUUUUCUAGGUUUUGUGAGUUCCUUGCUGACUUUGACAAAAAUUUCACACACGAUGAAAGGCGAGACCUCACACAAAUAAAAGCGAAGGACAUUCCCAAGUGCUUUAAGAGCCACUGCUUGAAGUUUGACUAUCAGACUGCACUGAACGCUCUAAAAGAGUCGUGGGCUUUGUGGCUCAUCUUCCAUGAAGGGCACAUCAGCCAGCAUGAAGACAUCGACAUACUGAGCAAAAACCUCAACAGACACUUGGAGGAAACUGCAAAUGACAUCCUGCAUGGCAGAAGCAACAACUUCUAUGACUACAUUCGACAGGCAAAAAGCAGAACCGACUUGUACUGCAUUGACAAACACCAAUGUGACUACGGAGCGAUAGCAUACUGGAAGAGUGCUGCAAAGUGUGACCCUUUCUACAGCGCUGUGGCUCUUUAUAACCAAGCGUACAUCACCAUGAACCUCACAAAGAAAGACUACAAAGCUGAGGCUAAGAGAUUACUGGAGGAGGCCAAGACUGCGGUGGAUGUCUUUCUGUCAGAAUCUACCAACACUAUGAUGUUCUGCAACCUGUCAGUGAUCAGGGACUUUGAGCCGCACCACAAAAACAGCAAUCUGCAGGCACAAAUGACCGCCAGGAUGAAUAUCUUCAAAGCCUGGAAGGGAUACAUUGAAAAUGCAGUGGCAGUUCUGGAAAAGCUUGAAAGCAACAAAAAGGAGGCAGUUGCUGAGGAGACUAGUGUGUACAAGCUUUCAAAAAACAAGGAUCCCAUCACAACUCACGAGCUGUUGGUCCUCUAUGAGUACGGCCUUGGCAUCGUGUUCGAGGUCAAAAAGAAGCCAGAGUUCUCCUAUGAUGCGCUCGCAUGUUUCCUUCUGGGCGUGUUUCAGGUGGCAGCAGGCGUUCUUGUUUGUGCUCUUUCCGGUGGCAUCGCCAGCCAGUUUGGACUUGGACUGAUCAGCGAGGGUGUGUCCGACAUGAUUCAAGGGAUCAAAGGCAUGAUACAGGGAACCUUCGACUGGGCCGAGUGGGCCAUCGCCAAAGCCAUCAGCAUCGGGGUGUCGCUGGUCUUCGGUGGACUCAGCCGACUCAGGAACGCUGCGAGUGCGGUGCGUAGUGGUGCCAAGGGUCUGAUGGCUGGUGCAAAGUGCAGCUCCUUCACGGUGAAACAUUGUUUGACAAAUGCAGGCAAGUAUGCCGUUCAGGAGCUGGGGAAGCAGGGAUGCAUGACUGCUGUGGGCUAUGCUAUUGACAAGGGACUGAACGCUGUGUUCCAAAACGCUCUCCAUGAUCAUUUCAAGAAAAGGACGACUUCCCUGAUUAAAUCCAACAGCAGCCUGGACAACGCCCUGAAGGAUCUUGUUUGCUCCGGAGUGCCAAAGACCGCCAUGGAAAAUGGGAUGACAGACUACAGAAUUGUUGAGGAUUGUGAGGAAUCUAUGCGUCAGUCAGUGAACAUGUUGACCAGCAGCGUUAUUCCUGACCUGCUGAUGGACUGCACCACAGUCACAAAGGCUCUCAACACACUUUCAGAGGUGUGCGGUACUGUAACGCAGCACAUACAGAGCAAGAAGACUGCUGGGAGAAUGCAAUAUGUGAUGAAGGGUUUGGAAAUUGCUAAAUAUGUUACAAUGUCAGUACAAAUACUGCAGUCGUACCCCACAGAGAAGGUCAUCAAUGAUACCUUCGUCCCUAGGUUUUUGGAAAGCAUGAAGCCAUUGACACAAGAGAAGUACGACCGCGACGGACGGCACAAGCUGCCAAACGUAAAGCGCUUAAAAGAGGAGCUUCUCGAAGCCAUCGCAGAGAGUGUUUCCAGUGAAUUCAUCAGUGCCUGUUCCAGACACAUGACCGCCCUCAUGAACAAAGCCUGCAUGGCUAAAGUGACCUUUGUCGCCGGCAGCGCCGUCAGCAACCUUCUCGGCAGGACCGACACCCAGAGCUUCUUCACCAACCAGGUGUACAAGCACCAGGUGAGACAAACCUUGCAGAGUCGCUGCCAGGACCUGCCCGAAGAAGAGAAAAGGGACUUGAAGUGUUAUGUCGACGAUAUCUGCGACAUUAACCGUCCAGCCACAGCGGUGGACAUCCACGUCCUCACCCAGAGUGAAGCCCUGCAGGGCAAAGGCAUCAAGCUGAUCGUGGUGGACAAAGAUGGGAAGAAACUCUCCCAGGAUUACUAUCCGGGGAUGGACGAGUCAGCUGGAGACAUCGUCCUGCAGCUGAGGAAGGAGCCGGAAAACCCCCAGAGAUCAGAGGGAUUUUUCUCAAAGAUGACCAAACGGGUCCGUGGACAACAGAGUCCAUCCACCGGACAUUUUGAGAUUGUGCGGCCGGAUGGUUCCGUUGAGCCAGUGUACUCUGAGGGUCACAACUGCCUGUAUCACGCCGUUGCCCAGGCAACCAGCACAAACCCCAAUACCAGAGAAGAGGCGGCGAUCCUUCGCAACCAAGUCAGACAGACGCUUCUAAUUGAUGUGGACCGAUACGCUCCGGUCCUGAAGCUGCAGAGAGGAUACGAAUCAUCAUACACUUCAUCUGGAAAAUACUUAAUCAUUGGAGGCUGCAGGAAGACCCGAAAGGAGGCCAAAGACCGGUAUAAAGAGCACCUGAACAUGACGCGACAGGACGAUUUAACUGAGAACGAUGCAUCUGUGAUCAAAACUUACAAGCUGGGAAUGGUUGGGACGUACAAUGAUAUAAAAAUUUUGAGGAAGGAGAACGGAUCUACCAACGUCAGACGGGACAACAACAACAACAACCGCUCUCCGGUGAAUGCUGACCACAUCCCGCCCAUCAACACCUUCCAAAGGGCCUCACAGAUGCUGCAGGACCUGGACGCCAUCGCCAGACAGGAACUCCAGCAGAAGAAUCCCAAACUCUAUGAGAUGAUGGAUGGCAAAGGAACCCACGGGCUCUGCAGAGAGGUUCUCACUCCACAUCACCAGCUUGCCCUGACCACCGGCAACGGAGACGAUGCUCACUUGAUCAGGCAGACGUUGGCUGAGAAGUUUGUUCGAGGAGAUGUGGUCAAAGGGAUGAAGAUGUCACUGAUGGCGUCCAAUCCAGAGAUUUCCCAGAGACUGAUCAGGCAUGCAGGACUCCCCCCGCGAGGCAGAAGACGUGACGUGAUCUCCAAAGAGGCAACUCGGCAUUACCAUCACAUCGGAGACAAACUGCUGGUGGAAAAAUACUCUGAGAUGGGAGUGAUCGACCGGCAGGGAAAAGAAAGACUCAACAGUUGGUUGAAUGAAGGAAAACUUUUCUCCACCAACACACCAGAAUAUCACGAGCUGCUCAACAACCUCAGAGAGUUGAAAAAGAGUCGGGAAAACAGAUGAGUUUGACACAAAACCACUGCAGAGAUACAUUAUCACCACAAAGACACAAAACAACUGUUAGGAUUUUUUAAAAAUUAUUUCUAUUCAACAUACUUAAUAGUGAUAUACACACUGCAUUAUGUGCUACAUAAAAAGUUGUGUUGACCUGUGAAUGAAUGAGAGGUUCUCAAGCAGCUGCUCCACUGAACAGUAACAAAGAUGAAUAGUACCAGGUCAAACAGAGAGCAAGUACAUCCACUUACAGUCAAGACACAUCAGAUGCGCAAAAAUGCACUGCAGACACACAAACCCAUGCACGCUCACUGCACACUUACACACACAUACUCAAUAAUCAAGGCCACCUUAAGACAUAACAUCAUGUGAAGAACAUAAAACUGAUAAAAAAAAUACUUGAGACCGGAGACACACAGUCACCCACAUUAAAAUAAUGAUACCACAAGACUGAGAAAGUAGACGAUAGCUAAUGCAUAUGACUGUGAUAAUGGACCAUGGUUAAUCAUGAAGACCUAAAGACACAAAUAUACACGUCAUUCAUAAUAGAGAGGGUUUCUCUUUCCGUACCUGGAACUGAUGGAUUGGAGGAUCAUAUGGUGAGAGGCUAUAGACCAGCCUGUCCACCAGUGAGAGAGAGUAAGUCUAAACCACAGCCCUUCUCCAACAGUUUUUGACCAAUGAGAUUGUUGCACAUUUUCACAAAUACACUCUGUACACUGUGAUUUUCAGCCAUUACUGGGAAGACACCUUCAGGUUAGCACCUCUGUUUAACUCUAGUCCUCUGAACAGUAAUGGUCCUUGAUCAAGCUACUUGAUGCAGUAUAAACAACCUCAACUGAGAGAAGUUGCCUGUCUUCGCUCUCUAAAAUGAACUCACUCAACAGGUUUCUCAUUUUAGUCAUUUCUGUCUCUCAAGAACGUUCAAAUGUUCUGCUUUAUAUAGACACAAAGCAUGGCAACAAAAACUGUGUCUUUGAAUAAAAAGCACGACUUUCAUUAGUGGAUCACUGAAAUGACCCAAUACUCAAAAGGUAUUAUGCAUUUUUAUGGGACGACUCAGUUUUAAGGGUUAGUAUGGUAUUCCCUAUGUGUUUAGUAUUUGGGCUGUGACUGUACGAAAAGAAAUUGCACUUUAAGACCUAAAAGACACACACACACACACACACACACACACACACACACACACACACACACACACACACACACACACACACACACACACACACACACACACACACACACACACACACACACACACACACACACACACACACACACACACACACACACACACACACACACACACACACACACACACACACACACACACACACACACACACACACACACACACACACACACACUUUAGAUUUCUUCUAGUUAUUUUUAUUAUUAUGAACAAUAUCCUCUUGUUGAAAAAAAAAAUGACAUAACAUAUGUGUAGACUCCUGGUCCUAGGAGGUUAAAAGUGUAUAAUCUGCAUACAGUGCUGUGAAAAAGUAUUUGCCCUCAGGCAGUUGUUUAGUUUUAUCAUCCACACCUACUUAUGAUUUCUGCCAGACUUGUUGAAUCUAAGCAUCACUAAAUAGAACCUGUCUGGUAUUGUGAAGUAACUAAUGGGGCUCAAAAAGCAGCACAUGAAGCCACGUUCUAAAGAGACUGAAGAACAGAUGUGAAACAAAGUCACUGACAUUUAUCAUUCUGGAAAUAAUUACAAAGCCAUUGCUGAGGCUCUGGGACUCCAGAGAACCAAAGUGAGAGUAUUUAUGCACAGAAACAGAACAGUGGUGAACUUUCCCAGGAGUAGCUGGCCUACCAACAGUUCUCCAAGAGCGUGUUGAUAUCUAAUCCAGGAGUCACAAAAUGACCCAGAUGAACAUCAAAAGAUCUACAGAUCUCAGUUAGGGAGAAAAUCACAUCCAUGGGAGAGUUACAAAGAUCAAACCACUACUGACCAAAAAGAACAGAAAGGUUGGUCUGGUAUUUACAAAAAAUUAUCUCAGUUAACACCAACACUUUUGGGAUAACAUCCUGUGGACUGAUGAGUCAAAUGUGGAACUUUUUGGAAGACAUGAGUCCAUUACCUCUGGUAUGAAGCCAAUAUUGCAUUUGACAGAUGAAAAUGAUACCAACAGUGAAACAUGGUGGUGGGAGUAUACCCCAUCAUGAAAGAACACAGGCAGAAAGGUAAACGGAGCCAUGCCAUGGGACGGCAUGGCUCAGUGGGUAGAGUGGCCAUCUUGUAACUGGAAGGUUGCCGGUUCGAUCCUCAGCCCGUUGUGCUCAUGUCGAGGUGUCACUGAGCAAGACACCAAACCCCUAAUUGCUCCUGAUGGGUUGUGGUUAGCACCUUGCAUGGCAACUUCCGCCAUCAGUGUGUGAAUGUGUGUGUGAAUGGGUAAAUGUGACAUAUCAUCAUGUAAAGCACUUUGGAUAAAAGCGCUAUAUAAAUACAACCAUUUUACCAUUUCCUGCACUAGUUGUGGACAAACUAUACGUAGAUGGGCAGCUAUUUCGAGAAUCUUCCAUUACCCCCUGGCUCUUCUAAUAACAAUAA